AUGUAUCGAGAGCUCUUGUUGAACAAUUUACAGCGAAAUACGUACGAGAAAUUUUGCAAGAUACCGCUAGCUACGAUCUAUUUGAGCUCUAGAAAGACCUUCUCUUUACUGAACACGAGAGAGCGAACAUGUCGAAAGAAGAUGUUAUAUUAAAAGAUUCAAAAUCGCAGAAUUUGGCGAAGAAGAUCGUAUGCUUGAUAAACAAGGAAAUGCAAAUGAUGGAUAUGAUGAUAAUGAUGAUGGAGAUACAACAACACCUGUUAAAGCUGAGUAUAGUUCUACCCCAGGAUUAUCCGGAGAACAAAUUGAAAUAACAACAAUGAAUAGAGAUGAAGAAAAAGGGUAAAAAACUGCUCAAACAUCUUUCAUUGAGGGUAAUUCACUUGAAAAAUCAAGGAUAAGAACGGCCCCAAUUACACUUGAGCAUAUUUAUGAUGGAUAUGGUAAAAACGGAAGGGUUAUUACCUUACAUAUUCCUUCAGAAGGAAGAUACAAAGGGAAAGUUGUUAAUUAUGGUCCUCUAGGUGGAACUUCCCCCCUUAUUUACAUUACAAGAAGACAUAUAUCCAGAUCCUCCGAAAGCAACAAAGAAAGAUUCAGGUGAAACAAAAGAACAGUUGUAUGCUAAGAAAGGUAAAAAAGUUGAAAAGAAACAGACGACUCUUCAAGAAGAUUACAGGAUUGUCGAUGAUGAGAAUAAAGACCUAGCUAUAAGAUUACGAGCAAGAGAAAGGUUAACUGAAAAUAGACAACAGCUUGAUGAUCUUUAGAAUGAGAGAGAAGAACUCGAAGAGGGCUCUCCACUCACAGAGAGAGAGAGAGAGUGAGAAACAUCCACAAGAAGUAUGGCUUCACAGUUUCAGCUGUUGUCCUAGCAGUUCGUACUACGAUUGGGGGGAUUGUGAGGGCAUUGAAAGAAGGCCUGAAGUCUGUUAUCAAAGGAGUUGGAAAUGGGUUUAAGGCUAUUGGAAGUAAGAUCGCGGAAAUUAUCCCAGGUCUUAUCGGUUCAAUAGUCGGCUUCGUGUUCAAGACUGCUGGAUCAGUGAUCAGCUUUCUUGGUGGAAAUUCAUGGGUACUGAUGAUGGGAGUUGUUUUUUUCAUAGUUGAACAAACACGUAGCAAGUUUUAAAAACAGAAACGAUGAAUCAUGAACGCUGAAAAUGCUGCUGAUAAAAACAAAGCGAAGUUACCGUAUUACUUGACUAUAAGCCGAUCCCGGUUAGAGGUCGAGACCCCAAACUUCCAAUUUGUAAACUCAGCGGCAUCAUCACGAAAAAUUAAACCAAAACAUUCGGCUAUAAAACGUAGUGCACGGCACUGAGUAAACAAUCUGAGUUUAGAAACCUUUCUCAAACAAUUCCGUGUUCGCAAUCGUUCAUCAAAGUUAAUCCGUCAAAAGCUCGUCGUAUAUCGUACAACCUCUCGUUCAAGCUUAAAAUUGUAGCAGGUAUGCGGUAUCUCCAACACCCUCGACGGCACAGAAGAUGACGCCAUCUACGCAGAAGAAUUCGCUAAUGCAGAGGAUGAGGAAAUGGAUGAUGAAUUCGAUAACGACAAGGAU